AUGCCUUUCAAGCGACCACCGUCAAGUUUGCAUACCUCUGGAUCCGACUCGGAUUCUCACGGCGGUCCUUCCAAACGACUCCGAGUCAGUUCCCCACGGAAUGACAAUGUCGUUCUGGUGUACAUCUUGCAGGCCAAAAUUCAUCCAGAAAAGAUGUCUGAGCUUGCCAUGCUAGUCGAGAACUAUAAAGUCCAGCGUAGUCUUGAAGAGCCGAGCGUCGUCGGCGAACUCAACCUUGAACUCACUGACGAUGUUGAAAAGGCAGAUGUCAUUGUCACCGCAACUAACAUGAGGCAACGCCUGGAAAGGCACGUUGAGUGGAGAAUUGCGAAAACGAAGGCCAUCGUAACACCACUAUGGCUUCAAGAUUCUGUCAAGUCCGGUUGGCCCCUUCCAUGCAGCAAUUAUAUUGCAAUUCACGACUUGGAAGAUGAAACUUUGCGAAAUCAUGACACUGUUCAAAACACAUCACCCGGAAGUUCAUCCCGCUUUCCCUCUGGGGAAGAGACAGAGAGUUCUUGGCAAACAGAACUAGAUGAACCCAUGGAUGCUACCGAAGUUGAGUUAUUGUCGUACAAUGCGAAAUAUAGCUGCCUACGACCGUCGCCGCUUGUCUGCCCUAAUCAAAGUCUGGUAGAAGAAAUUGAUGUCAUUCGACAAAGCAGGAACGUUGAAGGAGAGGAAAGAAGUAUCCUCAGCUACUCGAGGGCUAUUUCUAUCCAAUACGCAGCUUACCCGUAUGUCAUAACGGAACACAAUUUCAAAGAUCUCCACGAGCUACCCUUCUUGGGAGUGAAGAUUCUCUCAAUGAUUGAGGAGUUUCUGAAGACAGGCCGAAUAACAGAAGCACAAAGAAUAUUGGGAGAUACGCGGUUUCAGUCACUCUCUACUUUCAUCACAAUAUACGGCAUCGGACCCCAGACCGCUCGCCGUAUUUAUGACCUUGGUCUCCGCACGCUCGAGGAACUUGAACGAUAUUAUGAAGUUCAACCAGGCGUGUCUAACGAAGAGACAAUGUCACUACUUGAUGCUGAAGCAAGCACAACAACAAAGGCUGAGGUGGAACAGCCGAUUAGGAUUGGGUUGGCUCUGCGACACGACUUGAGUCAGACCAUUCCACGCGAUGAAGUAGAAGAAAUUAAUAAAACUAUCAUGCGAGAACUCAGCCACGUCCAGAAAGGAUGCAAAAGUGUGAUCGCUGGAGGUUACCGUCGAGGAAAGCCACAAAGUAACGAUGUUGACAUAAUCAUCACCCAUACAGACUGGAACUUAGGAUCUCAGAAAGUGAAGGGUCUGUGCAAAAAGCUUGUGCAACGACUGCACGAACAAGACCUCGUCACGCAUGUCAUGCACCUUUCGGGAUUCCACCGACACAACGUCUUGCGCACUCAUCACUGGGACUCUUUAGAGAAGGCCCUGACUGUCUUUGUAUCGCAUAAUAAUUUAUUGCGGCGGAAAGUUCACCGACGUGUCGAUCUGAUUUUUGCUCCACCGGAAGUAUUCUGGACUGCAGUAGUUGGAUGGACUGGGUCGACGAUGUUUGAAAGGGAUUUACGGUUAUGGGCGAAGCAGCGAAAGGGGAUGAAAUUCGACAGCUCUGGAAUAUCACGACGUCAUGAUUCCAAAUUGUACUAUCCCAGAACGGAGCGUGAUGUAUUCAAAGUACUUGGACUUGUCUAUGUUCACCCAACACUGAGGAACGCGGAUACAUGA